AUGGCACCCAGAAGAGAAACCGCAAAGGGCAGAAAGGUCAAGGCCGAGCAGUUGUCUGAUGUCGACGAGCCCAAAGCACCCGCUCCUGCUCCAAAGAAGGCUGCCAAGGGCAAGAAGGCAGUCAAGUCCGAGGAGACUGACGUCCCCAAGGAGCCCACCAGAAAAUCCUCCAGAGCAAAGAAGCCAGUCCCAGUCGCCGACGCCGACUCUUCGUCCGAUACCGAGCCUGCUCCUCAGAAGAAGAAGAAGAAGGCUGCCGUCAAACCCCGCAAGACGGCCAAGUCCAAGGAUGUUGUCAUGUCCGAGGACGAGGCAGAUGAUGCUCAGGAGCCUGCUGAGCCCGCCCCUGAGCCUGUUGAGGAAGCCGCUGAAGAACCUGACGAGGAGGAUGUGAAUCCUGCUCUCAAGAAGAAGCGCACCUCUAAGAAGAAGGCAUAG